GUAUGACAAAAUGGCUCCAUAGCGCCCCCUACAAAAUUUUAAAAAGUGGUAUUAGGCCAACUCGGAGGGAAUUUGGCCGAGAGCUAAAAAAUUUGGGAGGCAUAUGCAGCACAUCAGGAAACACAAAAAAGUCAAUCACAGCCAUGCUCUACACCCAACAGGAAGUGCGCCAUCAUGUGUUAACUGUACAAAAUCUAUGAUGAACUCCUCCUAGGGGAAAAGUCUGAGCGAUCUGAAAUUUUGCCAGUACAUACAGCAGACCUUCCUGAGAAAAAGUUAUCAAAAUCUUCCUCCAUAGUUAAAGGGUGUGGUCGUGGCGGCCUGUCGAAAUUUGAUCCUUCGCCAUGAAACAGGAAAUGCUGUCUAACUCUCCUGAACAUGCUCCGAUCUGAAUGAAACUUUACAUGUAUGAUCACAGACCUGCCUCGAUGACAUCCAUACAGCAAGAUUCAUUCACAGUCACAGCGCCACCUUGUGGUAUCAAGAAUUUGACAUUUUUUACACUUUCAUGUACUAUUCUUAGCCUGUUGCUCAGAUUCACCUCAGAUGUUGUGACAUAAGCCUGAACACAUUGAUGAUGAAGCACAGAAAAAAUGGUGACGUGUGAUGAAAAGGCGUGUCUGUGGCGGGACGGCAAACUUUCAUGUUUCGCCAUGAAAAUUGAAGUGUUCAUAUCUCAGCUGCAAAGGAUCCUAUCUGCCCCAAACUUCAUGUGCUGGACACCAGAACCAGUUUGAGGACAUCCACACUGAAAAAUUUAGAAAAAGUCAUAGCGCCACCUCUUGGUAACAAGCAGUUUAGAAAUUACAUUUGCACACAUCAUUGCUCCAAACUUUGUCAUAUCAUUCUGAAAAUUGGUCAGCUGAUUCUUCACCCCCAGACAAUACCACAGUGUGAAGAUUUUGAUUUUUGAUGAAAUGCUGUUGCCGUGGCAACGCGUUGUUUUUGUGACAAACAAAGUACUUUUUGACAGGCUUAGAAUGUUCAACAGCUCACCAAAAUUUACACACACAUCACAGUCGUCUCAAGGAAUAACACUGUAUGCAUCUCUGCAGGGCAUGUGCUAUAGCGCCCCCUGCAGUAUGUUUAAUAAACAGCCCCGGCAGCAUGUUUGACCUGCAUCCACAAAAUUUGGGAGGCCUAUAGAGCACACCAGGACACACAAAAAAGCCUCUUGGAGCCAUCCCCUAAACUCAACAGGAAGUCCGCCAUUUUGAAUUAAGUGGAUAAAAUUUCUGUAUUUUUUUCAUUUUUGAGAGCGAACUCCUCCUCGGGGUUAAGGUCUAGAGAGCUGAAAUUUUGCCAGGAUAUACAACACGAUGUUAUGAUCAAAAGUUAUCAAAGGCUUCUUGCAGAGUCAAAGGGUGUGGACAUGGCGACCUCCAGAAUUUUGAUGGUUCGCCAUGAAACAUCAAGUGCUACCUAACUAUCCUCUGCAUGCUCCAAUCUACCUCAGACCUCACAUGCUUAAACACAGUCCUGUCCUGAUCACAUUUACAGGCCAAAAUACAUUCACAGCAUGUACCAUCGCGCCCCCUACAGCAUUUAAAAAAUAGCCUCCACACAGACUUUCACCUGGGACUAUGAAAUUUGGCAUGCAAAUGUAGCAUGUCAGUGCAAACAGAAAAGUCUCUUGGAGUCAUUCUCUAAACCCAACAGAAAGUCGGCCAUUUUUAAUUAAAUGUCAGAUUUUUGGUGUUUUUGGUCAUUUUCAACAAUUCAUUUCUCACAGGCAAUAACUCCAAAACAUCUGAAUUUGGGAAAAUAUAUAAGACACGUCUUCAGGUUGCAUAUUUGCGAAAAUUGUUCAUAAAACUCAAAGGGCGUGGCCAUGGCGGGCAGCUGAAGUUUAAUGUUACGCCAUGAAGCAGGACGUCUUGUGUAAAUCCCCUGUACACGCUGCAAUCCGCCUCAAACUUUACAUGUUUGAUCAGAGUCCAGUCCUGAUGAGUUUCAUAGACCAACAUACAGUCACAGAGAUAGCGCCACCUGGUGGAUGGACACAAAGUGCUGCAUAAAUAGCCUGUACAUGCUCAAAUCUGCCUGAAAUUUGACCUGUGUGCUCAGAAUCAAGCCUUUGUGACAUUCAUGGGCCUAAAUACACUCUCAGUCGUAGCUUUGCUUGGUGGAGAUGCUUGGGGUCGCCGACAAGGAAGUAUGCGAGGACCCGUUCAACGCUGCUCGCAGCUUUAAUUAUUAUUAUUAUUUGUCUCUCAGAACAACUGCAUUUUUGAGGGCCUAAACAUGCUCAAAAAGUCAUGAAAAUUUGCACACACAUCAGAAUUGGCGAAAAAUUUCAUAUUUUGUAGGGCAUGUGGAGGUGUGUGCAAAAAUGGCUCCAUAGCGCCCCCUACAAAAUUUUAAAAAGUGGUAUUAGGCCAACUCAGAGGGAGUUUGGUCGAGAGCAACAAAAUUUGGGAGGCACAUGCAGCACAUCAGGAAACACAAAAAAGUCAAUCACAGCCAUGCUCUACACCCAACAGGAAGUGCGCCAUCAUGCGUUAACUGUACAAAAUCUAUGAUGAACUCCUCCUAGGGGAAAAGUCUGAGCGAUCUGAAAUUUUGCCAGUACAUACAGCAGACCUUCCUGAGAAAAAGUUAUCAAAAUCUUCCUCCAUAGUUAAAGGGUGUGGUCGUGGCGGCCUGUCGAAAUUUGAUCCUUCGCCAUGAAACAGGAAAUGCUGUCUAACUCUCCUGAACAUGCUCCGAUCUGAAUGAAACUUUACAUGUAUGAUCACAGACCUGCCUCGAUGACAUCCAUACAGCAAGAUUCAUUCACAGUCACAGCGCCACCUUGUGGUAUCAAGAAUUUGACAUUUUUUACACUUCCAUGUACUAUUCUUAGCCUGUUGCUCAGAUUCACCUCAGAUGUUGUGACAUAAGCCUGAACACAUUGAUGAUGAAGCACAGAAAAAAUGGUGACGUGUGAUGAAAAGGCGUGUCUGUGGCGGGAUGGCAAAGUUUGAUGUUUCGCCAUGAAAAUUGAAGUGUUCAUAUCUCAGCUGCAAAGGAUCCUAUCUGCCCCAAACUUCAUGUGCUGGACACCAGAACCAGUUUGAGGACAUCCACACUGAAAAAUUUAGAAAAAGUCAUAGCGCCACCUCUUGGUAACAAGCAGUUUAGAAAUUACAUUUGCACACAUCAUUGCUCCAAACUUUUUCAUACAAGAGCUGUAAUUAUCUCAAAUAACUCUUUAUCUAAUAACUGUGGCAGGCCCAAUCAUAUGUACCCCAUCCAUGGUGUAAAGCACCUGAUUGUGAUAUACUGGUUGUGAUCUAUUCUUUCUGAUUUCUACCCAGGUUUAUACCAUGUUGCGUCUGCGAGUCAUCCUGCCUGACAGUGCUGAGAGACUUGACCUUCCUGAAAGGCCAUCAUCAGUGGAGAAACUCAGAGAGAUACUCACAGACAAAUUCAAGUUGGCACCAGGUUUUUCCCUUACAUUCGAUGACCCUGCAUUUGACAAUGAGCCGUGCAAUCUCAGUGACAUACAGUACCUUCCAGAAGGUAAAGCUGUUCUUCGAGUGGAUUGGGAAAUUGUGUUGACCCCAGUGCUUAGUGACUCGUCUUUAGCUGAGGAUACUGACAUCAAUGUGGAGAGUGAGACGCUUGCAUCACCAUCAACAGCCUCCUCCUCUGGGGGAACACAUUCCAUUCAUGAUCCAGACUUCAGUGUGGAGAGUGACAUGGCAUCAACACCAUCCUCAGCGGUGUCCUCUCAGGGAAGACGGUCCAGUCGGUUUCCAGCCAUCUUUACAGUACCUACUUUCUCCUAUACACUUGAACUAAAACUAAAGAAUGGAGGAGCAGCAUACUCAGAAAGUAACGCCCUAAUGUCCUACACUCGUGAAAUGAAGUCUGAAAUCUUGGCAAAGCUAGCAGAAGUCAUUUAUGCCUAUGAAUCAUACCCAGUUUUAGAAGACCUGGAGAAGGUAGCAAAGGCCUUAGUUGAGAAGCAUCCAUGCAUCGGAAAUGCAGGUCCUGACAAAGCAUGGAAAGUCUGGACAAUCAGCCUGAAGAAUAAAAUGAAUAACUAUCGAGCAACACUAUCCAGGGCAGGCUGCACCGAAGUGAGGGUCAACAAAUGGCGCAGAGGCGCAGAAGAUGUAGUAAAACUAAAGAGACCACGCAGGACAGAGUUAAACUUUCUACCAAAUCACCCAGACGGAGUUGGGGUUGGGGCACUAGAGAGCGAAAGGGCCUGUCUUGAAGAUGAGUUAAAGAAGAGAAACAUAAACAAGGCUGAGGUAAAUGCCAAAAUGGACCGCACCUUCUCCCUCAGACGAAAGGAGGUCGUUGCUGAAGAUGUGCAUGUCUCCACAAUCAGGCAGAGAUGGCCAGCCCUAUUCUUGUUGGAUCAGGUAAAUGCGGAAUUCAAGAGAGUAACAGGAAAAGAAUUGAUGGAAACGUUCUUCACCUCCUUGGACGAGCACACCAGGGCCCUCAUCCGUGUGUACCACACCGUAGCUCACCACCCCACUCAAGUGACACUAAGGAGUCAGUUGGAGUACCUAGACGAGCAGACCACAGAGAUCAUUAAACAUCGGAGGGUGGUGGCUGUCAAAGGGCUGCAGUAUUACCUGGGGGAGAAGACCGAGCUUUUCAAGACCUGCCAGCCAGACAGUGUGUACGAAGCCUCAAGCCCCAUGCCAAUGGGUAUCCUGGAGAUUGUGGGGCCUCCAGGAGGCCCGGAAGCUGCACCGAGAGCUGCAGUAGUCCUGGAUGGGGAAAUUCUCUGCGACAACCUACCAGAUCCCCCAACUGCCCUUGCAGUUCUAUUCGGGUUCAUCUAUGCUCUCAACAUCGCUUAUCUCCCAGAGUGGUCAAACUUCUUUGAGGUAAUCCAGAAGUUAAUAAUGUCAAUGGAUGCUGAGAAAAGUGGAAAAUACGACAAACUGAACAAACUCAGAACCAAACUCUCUCAGCUGUAGAGUGUUCUUGCAAUGUACAGUACUUGCAUCAAGGGAUGCAAGUACGUUUUUCUCGGGUUUACACAAAGUAGGUUAACAGAAUGCACUUACUCCUUUGGCCUAUCCGUGCUUCACACAGUCAUAUUUGCACCAACUGUAGCAACAUGACUACUGUACUUGGCAACUAAGCCGUUGUUGUUGAUCUGCCUUGCUCAUUGACACACCACCAGUGGUACAUUGAACAUUAAGCCUCAAUUUAGUCUAUUGUCUAUGAAGGUUUGCAACAGUGCACGUCCUUCGCAGUGUACAAAAACACUAAUUGAUAUUUCCAUAUUUUCUGCAAACCCUCCUGCAAAUAGGUAGCUCUAUGGAAAUUUACCACUUUUCUCUCUGUGUUCUUAGGAGGUCAUAUUUGAUAGUCAGUCCAACAGCUGUUUGUUCUUACGAUGUGAAGCAUGAAAGUUUCCCCUUGCUGUUCUAAGCACAC